CCCAAUCAAAUCCACCGAGAGGCGGAGCCUGCGGAUCUGGAUUGAUCGUCCAUAGCCACACGUGAUGCGCUUGUAGUCGCAGGCGGAGUGCAGCAUCAGUAAGCACGGACUAUGGAGCUGAAGAUGCGGUUAUGCGUGGCGCUGCUCUCUCUGAGUCUGUGUCUGCUCCUCAUGGGACCUGUGAGAGCGCAGGAGGAGGAGGCUGAUGACAUGGAGAUGGACGUAGAAGAUGCCAUCGAUGACAUGCAGGAGGAAGAUAUUGAAGAAGAGGAACAAAAAGCUCCUGCGCCACCGGCAGCACCCACUGUGACAUAUAAAGCUCCAGAGCCGAUGGGAGAGCACUACUUCGCUGAGGCUUUUGAUAAAGGAACACUUCAGGGAUGGGUUUUGUCUCAGGCCAAGAAGGAUGGCAUCGAUGAAGACAUUGCCAAAUAUGAUGGUAAAUGGGAGGUUGAAGAGAUGCAGGACUCUAAACUUCCAGGAGACAAAGGUCUGGUGUUGAAAUCCAAAGCCAAGCAUCAUGCCAUCUCUGCCCUCCUACUGCGACCUUUCACCUUUGACACCAAACCACUCAUCAUACAGUAUGAAGUAAACUUCCAAACUGGAAUUGACUGUGGUGGUGCUUAUGUCAAACUGCUGUCUCAAACUCCUGACCUCGAUCUGGAGGAGUUUGUGGACAAGACUCCAUACACUAUCAUGUUUGGGCCUGAUAAGUGUGGUGAAGAUUACAAACUGCACUUCAUCUUCAGACACAAGAACCCCAAAACUGGCGAGUUUGAGGAGAAGCAUGCCAAGAAGCCUGACUCAGACCUCCGCUCAUACUACACCGACAAGAAGACGCACCUCUACACACUGGUGUUGAACCCUGAUAACACUUUUGAGAUCCUGAUCGAUCAGACUGUGGUGAACAGCGGCAGCCUCUUGAAUGAUGUGACUCCCUCUGUCAAUCCUCCUGCCGAGAUCGAGGAUCCCGAUGACCAUAAACCUGAAGACUGGGAUGAGAGACCCAAGAUCCAAGACCCAGAUGCUGUCAAACCCGAGGACUGGGAUGAAGAUGCACCUGCUAAGAUUGCAGAUGAAGAUGCAGUGAAACCCGACGGCUGGUUGGACGAUGAGCCCGAGUACAUUAGUGAUCCUGAUGCCCUCAAGCCAGAGGACUGGGAUGAAGAUAUGGAUGGUGAGUGGGAAGCACCUCAGAUUCCAAAUCCGGCCUGUGAAACAGCCCCCGGCUGCGGUGCAUGGGAGAGACCAAUGAUCGACAACCCCAAUUACAAGGGCAAGUGGAAGUCACCAAUGAUUGACAACCCAAAUUAUCAGGGUGUGUGGAAGCCUAGGAAGAUCCCGAACCCAGACUUCUUUGAAGACCUGCACCCCUUCCGCAUGACUCCAUUCAGCGCUGUCGGUCUGGAGCUCUGGUCAAUGUCCUCUGAUAUCUUCUUUGACAACUUCUUCAUCACUUCUGAUCGUAACGUGGCCGAGCGAUGGGCCAACGAUGGCUGGGGUCUGAAGAAAGCCGCAGAGGGAGCCGCUGAGCCUGGUCUAGUGAAUCAGAUGAUCACGGCUGCUGAAGAGAGACCCUGGCUCUGGAUCGUCUAUGUCCUGACUGUGGCUUUGCCUCUGGUCCUCAUCAUCGUCUUCUGCUGCACUGGAAAGAAGAGCUCAGCGUCUACACCUGCUACAGAGUACAAGAAGACUGAUGAACCGCAGCCAGACGUGAAGGAGGAAGCUGAAGAAGAGGAAGCCAAGGAUGAAGAACCAGAAGCAAAGAAGAGUGAAGAAGAGGACUCCACAGGAGAUGGAGACGAUACCGCAGAGAACGGAGACAAAGAUGACAAUACAUCUAAUGAGAAAUCAGAGGAUGACAUUCUGAGGAGGUCUCCCAGAAACAGGAAAUCAAGAAAGGACUGAUGGACUUCCUGAAUCUGUUAAAAAAAGUGCAAAAAGUUCCUCUCCUCUCAUCCCAACAUCCCUCUUCCCCAUUCCGGGUCCGUCUCCAUCUUUCCUCACCCCUACUCCCUUCCCCAUACCCUUCUGCUCCAUCCUCGCUGCUGCAACGAUGGUCAAAACGAAACAUUACGCUCCACCACACAACCAACGGCGAAACCAACACCACCUCAACCCUUUCUCGAGGAUGUUGACGGCUAUCACAUUCAACCACAUAGAAACUUUCUCCGUAUCUAAUAAGGAACCAAUCUUUGUUACCAUUCCUGAACUGUGCAUCUGACGUUCAAGUAAAAAAAUCCUACUCUCACACUUCCAGACAGUGUUCCUGAACCAGAACAACACUAUGGCACACUCGGUAUUGUAAGGUUUACAGGCCAACAGCUUUAUACUUUUGUUCUAGAAUAAUGCGUGAGAAGCCAUAGAAGGGCGAGAUGACAGGAUAUAUUAUUAUGAAGAACUCUAAAAGCCGACCGCUUAGCUAUACACCUCAGUUUUAACACGUAAAUGAGAGGUUUUCAUCAUUUUCUAUUCCGUGAGGUUGAUCUUUAUUUUUUUUGUCAUGGCGUAGACUGGACGUCCAGUAGAAAGCCAAACCGUGAGCUGAACGCAGCCAGAUGUGUACUGCACGUGCUCAGUAAAGUAUCCAGCAGGGAGAUUGCCAGCUAGAUUAGUAGGUUCUAGAUUUGUACUGCCUUACUUGUAGGACACAAGAUUUGCUAAUAUUUUUGUUUUGGUUUCUGUGAAUGUACUGUGAGUUUGUUUGUUUUUGAUUUCGUCUAAUGUUUAUUCUUUGUUUGUUUUUGUUUAUUCGAAUGGACUUUUUACUAAAUCGUGAAUUGCUGUACAAAGGUGUUCUCUGACGUAGAUUUCUAACCUGUCCAGCCCAACAACGGGACAGAUUGUUUUUUUUUUAUUUGCGAAUGUUUUACUUUCUCGCGUUCAUUUGUUUGUCUGAUCGAAAACUGGUGAAGUGUUUAUCUACUACUCUCGAUGUGGUGUCAUAUCCUAUCCAGCCAUGUUCAGCGGCAGCAGCAGCUUCCCGUUUCAUUGAACCAAUUACAUUCACACCACGUGAGAACAAGAGGACUAAGGGACCGUUUAUUGGUAGGUAUUUCUAAUUCAAGCGUUUGAGGGUGAAUCUCAGGAAAAUGUCAGGUUUUAAGUGUGAAGGUGAAAUUACAUUGUAUGUAUGGGGGUGUUUUUACAGUUUCAAGAUUGUUAAAUGUGAAAAUUCGAUCAUUUACUCACCCUUUACUAGUUCCAAAGCGGUUUUAGUUUGUUUAUUGUGUUGAACGCAAAAGAAGAUACUUUGAAGAAUGCUGGAAACCUGUAACCAUUGACUUCCAUAGUAUUUGUUUUUGCUAUUAUUGAAGUCAGUGGCCAAAAUAUACUAUUUAGCGUUCAUCAUCUGAAUGAAAACAAAACUUAUAAAGGUUUAAAACCACUUAGUUGAGUGAACCAUCCCUUUAAGUUUGGAUAUGGUUUAGCAUUUGUCAUUUUCAUAACUAUUACAAUCUAUAAUCUUAUUUUUGUCAACUACAUCGAUGUAUAAAUGGUCGUUUUACUUGACUGUGCUUAAUUAUAAACCUUAAUCAUUUUAAUUUUGCAUUCUGUGACGUUUUUGACAUCAAUUUUGUGAGAUUCACCCUCAGAGUUUUCUUGUAAGUGUCAAUCGAAGAGAAAACAUGAAAGUCCUGGGUGUGAAGCAAACUGUUUUGGAGUCCCGAUGUUUUGCAUUGACUCUGCCCCUAAAUACUAGACCCCAAAGAUAUGAAAAAUGGCACUAUUAGGGGUGUACCCUGAUCGAAUGAAAACUAGCAUACGAUUUAUCGCUAGUUUUAUAGUUACUUGUUUGUACUCUCAAUAUGGCCUCAUCGGUUGCUCUUCCAUCAUAACGGAUCAGGUGAGAUGCCAUAACAUGAGCUCUACCCCAAGACUAAUGAGAGUUGGCACUUUCAAAGGUAACUGAGAAAUGGAAUUAAAUCAAAUAUGAAAUCACUCAUCAUAUAGGCCAAUAUCUGCUGCGCUGCUGUUUAAUGUCUCACUUUAUCUGCUUGGUGUUGUCUGCAACCAUUAAUGUGCUCUGUAUACCUGUCUUUUGGGCUGUUGUUGUUUUCUUUCUUUUGUUUUUGGAUUACCAUUCUUUCACAAAUGUAGGUGAUUUAAUAGUGUGGAUGGAUAGAAGGAUGGAGAGUUAUUGAGUGAUUUACUGGCAUCAUUGAAGUUGUGAAUUUAAGAUCAUGAGUCUGGAUGAGGAUUCUGGUCUUGCUGGGACGGUUUGGGGGGAAAAUCCAUCAUGUUACUCACAAACUAAAAUAAACUGAUUUGACGAAUGA